UUGUUCGAUCACACGCCAUCUGACAGCGAACGCGGCUGGUCGUCCUCGCUCCGCAGCGGAACACAACAGCCACAGACAUCCAGACUCAUAAACAAUCUUACGAAUCGGUUCGAUUUUCGUGUGUCGUGACUCGCGAGUGACUUUGUGAAUAAAAAGAAACUGAACUCUAAAGAUACAAUAACAAGAAAAUCAAAAUAAAAAGAAAAGACACUGAGAUGUUGGAGUUCUACCCGAUGCCCACGAAUCUGAAUCCAGUCGGUGGCGGCUUGUAUUCGCUCCAACAGAACCAUGGUGGUGCUCGAUUCCUGGACAAUCCGAAUCCCAAUCCUGGCAAUAGUGCCAGUAAUACCUUGCACCUCAGCACCACCACCAACAACAACAAUCAUUUAGGAAACAACAUUUCCGGCAGCAACAGCCCAACGGCUUCAUUAACGGGCCCCCUAAUUUCCGCACAACAGCAGCAACUCCACCAGCAUCAGCAACACACAGUCUCGACCACGCCAGUGCCAAUUAACAGCUGCCCCACGCCCACAGGACAUAGCCCCAGCAAUAACAACAACAACAACAGCAACCACUCUGCCUGCAACACAUUAACAGCUGCUGGUGUUGCUAAUGGUGUUAGAGCUGCCACACCAGCAGCUCCUUCAGUCGCCACCUCGCAAUUAGGCGGAGCAGUUGCUGCCGCUGUUGCUGCUGCUGCUGCCGCGGCGGCUGCUGCUGCUGCAUCGGCAACAUCGACAACGGCAACACCAACAGCCACUCCAUCCUUGACGCCAGCGGCCACAGGAAACGGAAAUGGAAAUGGAUCGGCCGCUGGAGCCGGAGCAACAUCGGCUGCCCCACCGAAAUUGUCGGCCGAUUGUAGUGGACGCACAGAAGUGGGCCACAUCAAGUGCGAGAAGAACUUUGAGCUGUGCGAGGGCUGCGGCCAGAAGAUCCACGACCGCUUCCUGAUGAACGUCGGCGAGGCCAACUGGCACGAGCAGUGCCUCGCCUGCUGCUACUGCGGCCUGCAGCUCCACCACACCUGCUACGUUCGCAACUCGAAGCUCUACUGCAAGAUGGACUACGACCGGCUGUUCGGGGUCAAGUGCGCCUCCUGCUGCCACGCGAUCCUGCCCCAGGAGCUGGUGAUGCGUCCCAUCCCGAACUUCGUCUUCCACCUGCCCUGCUUCGUGUGCUACGCCUGCCGACUGCCCCUGCAGAAGGGCGAGCAGUUCAUGCUGAGAGACGGCCAGCUCUUCUGCUUCCGCCACGACCUGGAGAAGGAGAUGUUCUUGGCGGCGGCUGCGGCUCAGCACUGCGGCUUCGUGGGUCUGGACGAGGAGGAUCUGCUACGGCCGCGCGAUGGUCGUCGUGGCCCCAAGAGACCCCGCACCAUCCUCACCUCGCAGCAGCGGAAGCAGUUCAAGGCCUCCUUCGAUCAGUCGCCCAAGCCCUGCCGGAAAGUGCGCGAAGCCCUGGCCAAGGACACGGGUCUCUCGGUGCGCGUGGUGCAGGUCUGGUUCCAGAACCAGCGGGCCAAGAUGAAGAAGAUCCAACGCAAGGCCAAGCAGAAUGGCGGCUCCGGGGGCAGUGGCAGCGGUCGGGGAGCGGGCAACUCCAGUGCCACCGACGACAAGGACACCAACGAUAAAGAGGAAAAGUGCGUCAAGCAGGAGAUUGGUGGCGACAGUUCUGGGUAUCUGGGUGGCUUGGACAGCACCUUUGCCAGCCAGCCCCUUAAUCCGAACUUGCCCUUCUCGCCGGAUGACUAUCCGGCCAACUCGAACGACAGUUUCUGCAGCUCGGACCUCUCGCUGGAUGGAAGCAACUUCGACCAGCUGGACGACGACGCGGAUUCGCUGUCGCUGAACAAUCUGGAGCUGCAAUCGACCAGCUCCUCAGGCAACCAGCACUCCCACUCGAAUCCCCACGACAUGCUGGCCAACCUGAACAACAGCCUGAUAAACCCCAUCGACAAGCUGUAUCUGAUGCAGAACUCCUACUUCAGCUCGGAGCACUAGAUGGUC